GCCGCUCGCCAGGCCCCAGAAUGCACCGCUCACACGUGUGCGCGCGCAGCCCCGCUGCCGAGCCACCGCGGGAAAAUUCCAAAACCCUCAAAACGAAAAGCCAAUCCGAGGCAAAGCCAAAUUUUCAAGCCACAGGUCCCGGGCGGUGGCUUCCUUUCCGCCGCUGCCCAAACUGCUGAAGCAGCUCCCGCGAGGACCACCCGAUCAUCUGAUCUCCAGCUGUGCUGGUUUGGAACCUGUGUGCUCAUCUUAAGCUCCGCAAGGAGAAAGGGACUGCUGUAAUCAUCUUUCAAUUUAAUGUGUGCCCAACAUUUCCUUCAGUGCUGGACAGACUGCUGUGAAGGGACAUCACCUUUUCCCUUUUUCCAAGAUGGCUCAAGAUUCAGUAGAUCUUUCUUGUGAUUAUCAGUUUUGGAUGCAGAAGCUUUCUGUGUGGGAUCAGGCUUCCACUUUGGAAACCCAGCAAGACACCUGUGUUCACCUGGCUCGGUUCCAGGAGUUCCUGAGGAAGAUGUAUGAAGCCUUGAAAGAGAUGGAUUCUAAUACAAUCUUUGAAAGAUUCCCCACAAUUGAUCAACUGUUGGCAAAAGCUUGUUGGAAUCCUUUUAUUUUAGCAUACGAUGAAAGCCAAAAAAUUCUAAUAUGGUGCUUAUGUUGUCUAAUUAACAAAGAACCACAGAAUUCUAGACAAUCAAAACUUAACUCCUGGGUACAGGGUGUAUUAUCUCAUAUACUUUCAGCACUCAGAUUUGAUAAAGAAGUUGCUCUUUUCACUCAGGGUCUUGGAUAUGCCCCUAUAGAUUACUAUCCCGGUCUGCUUAAAAAUAUGGUUUUAUCAUUAGCGUCUGAACUCAGAGAGAAUCAUCUUAAUGGAUUUAACACUCAAAGGCGAAUGACUCCUGAGCGAUUGGCGUCCCUAUCACGAGUCUGUGUCCCACUUAUUACCCUGCCAGAUGUUGACCCCCUGGUGGAGGCUUUGCUCGUCUGUCACGGACAUGAACCUCAGGAAAUCCUCCAGCCAGAGUUCUUUGAGGCUGUAAACGAGGCCAUUUUGCUGAAGAAGAUUUCUCUCCCCAUGUCGGCUGUAGUCUGCCUCUGGCUUCGGCACCUUCCCAGCCUUGAAAAAGCAAUGCUGCAUCUUUUUGAAAAGCUAAUCUCCAGUGAGAGAAAUUGUCUGAGAAGGAUCGAAUGCUUUAUAAAAGAUUCAUUGCUGGAGCCCCAGCGGACUCUGCCCUGUUUCCCUUUAGCUUUCAGAACCUGCAGCGAUGUGGCACAGAGAUUGCCUUCCACCUCUUCCUGCUUCCUACAAGCAGAGAAACCUCAAGCAGCCUGCCACCCUGCCAUAUUCCGGGUUGUUGAUGAGAUGUUCAGGUGUGCACUCCUGGAAACCGAUGGGGCCCCGGAAAUCAUAGCCACUAUUCAAGUGUUUACGCAGUGCUUCCUAGAAGCUCUGGAGAAAGAAAACAAGCAGCUGCGGUUUGCACUCAAGACCUACUUUCCUUACACUUCUCCAUCUCUUGCCAUGGUGCUGCUGCAAGACCCUCAAGAUGUCCCUCGGGGACGCUGGCUGCAGACACUGAAGCACAUUUCCGAACUGCUCAGAGAAGCGGUUGAAGACCAGACUCAUGGGUCCCGCGGAGGUCCCUUGGAGAGCUGGUUCCUGUUCAUUCGCUUCGGAGGAUGGGCCGAGAUGGUGGCCGAGCAGCUCCUGAGGUCGGCAGCCGAGCCCCCCGCGGCCCUGCUGUGGCUCUUGGCCUUUUACUACAGCCCCCGUGAUGGGAGGCAGCAGAGAGCACAGACCAUGGUCCAGGUGAAGGCCGUGCUGGGCCACCUCCUGGCGAUGUCCAGAAGCAGCAGCCUCUCAGCCUGGGACCUGCAGACAGCAGCAGGACAGGACACAGACACAGACCCCAGAGCUCCUGCACAGCAGCUCAUCAGGCACCUUCUCCUCCACUUCGUGCUCUGGGCUCCUGGAGGCCACACGAUCGCCCGGGAUGUCGUCACCCUGCUGGCUCACACUGCCGAGAUAACUCACGAGAUCAUUGGCUUUCUUGACCAGACCUUGUACAGAUGGGAUCGUCUCGGCAUUGAAAGCCCUAGAUCAGGAAAACUGGCCCGAGAGCUCCUUAAAGAGCUGCGAACUCAAGUCUAGAAGGCACGCAGGCCGUGUGGGUGCCCAGCGUGCGGGAUCAGGCUUGCCAGGGUCACAGGACAGAGGAUGACCUAUGGCCGCGCAUUUGUGGAGUAAGUAGGUGCCCUCUUUGGGCUGUGAGAAUGAGCCAUACACGUCUUGGGAAGAUCUGCUAGUAUCUAUUUUGCAAAAUGCAGAGCCAGGUCCCUCAGCGCAGACUCAGCUGGACAUGUUCACCAAUGACUUGAGUGAGCCUUCAGCGCUCCUGGUGCCCGCCCGGCCAGACCGUCAGCUAGAGAAUUACUAAAGCAAAGGCUUGGGUAGGAGAACAGGUUUCUAGUUUUUACCCAAGUCUAGAUGCACAUCUAUUAUUUAAAGAUUCAAAGCCUUAGAACCAAGAAUUUGGUGAUGAACCAUUGAAGAAUUUAGAGAGAACUCAGCUCUUUUUAGACUCUCUUCAGGAGUCAGGGAUCUGGGAUACAGCCACGCUGUCGUGCUGUACGGAGAAAUCUCCACGGGGAGUCAGCGUCCCUCAGGCUUCCCUUGCGUCUCCCUGGACCUGCCCAAUAGACCACAGGAGCAGACAGAGCACACCCAAGCCUGCGUCUCCUGCACACGCUUUCCACUCUAUUUGCUAAACGCUGACUGCCACCAAAGAGCUCCUGGGACAUGAGAGGGGCCGGCAGGUGAAGGUGGAGGACGUGUUCCAGAAACAUUCAAAGGCAGGAUUCAUAUCAGUUAGUUCUCUUGUUAAACAGAGAUGGGAAUUGGAAAUUCCUGAUAAAGAAUUGACCUGGCUGGGCGCAGUGGCUCACACCUGUGAUCCCAGCACUUUGGGAGGCCGAGGCAGGGGGAUCACUCCAGCCCAGGAGCUCCAGACUGGCCUGGCCAACAUGGCGAAACUCCAUCUCUACUAAAAAUACAAAAAUUAUUGGGGUGCCGUGGUGGGCGCCUAUAAUCCCAGCUAUUCAGGAGGCUGAGGCAUGAGGAUCCCUUGAACCUGGGAGGCAGGAUUGCAGUGAGCCGAGAUCAUGCCAUUGCACUCCAGCCUGGGCAACAGAGUGAGACCCUGACUUAAAAAAAAAAAAGGCAUUGUUGGUGUAAUCUCAAAGUUAAUGUUUAUUUCACGUCAGCAGAGGAUGCUUUUUCCUGUCAAGAGAUAUUUUGGAAUUGUACCGAUUGUACAUUCUUUUGUGCCUAUUCUGUUUGUCAAGUGAGUCAAGACUUGCUUUUGUCCAUUUUGAUGUACGUGUGUUAGUCGGAGUCUUGGCUCCGUUUUGAGGCAUGAGCAAAGUUUCACUGGAUUAGAGGUUAACCUUUAGGGAAAUUCCUUUUCUUGGUAUGUGGCAAUGCUAAUAAAGCCACCUGAAGAUCUGGAAAAUUCCAGGAACUUUUCACCUGAGCUUUUCUUCUGAGAAAUGCUGCAGUCAGAAGGGUGUGCUGGUAAAAUAUUUUGGUGGCAGCUGCCAUCGUGAUCAUUGCUUUCAUAUAACACGCUCUGUGCCAUCAUGAUCCUUACCCUCAUAAAACAAACACACUUCGUCAGAGGCGUUGGGGCUGAAAAAAGAGCUGCCUCACUGGAGUUGAGGGCCUCUCUCCUGGGCACGGGGCAGCCAUGGGGAGGCAGGGAUCCAAGGCCUGGAGCCACUGUGGAAGGAACUGAUCGAGGUCUGCAGAGGUGCCACAGGGCCCAGAAUCUGACCUUACCUGACCUUUUGUAGACUCUCCCUGAUAGUUUUUGAUGGAGCAUGUUGGUAAAACCACUACCCUCAGAGAAAGCCAAAAAUACAGACGAGGCGAGGCGCACCCCUCCAACCUGGCUGUUACUCACCCGGACUCCACAACAUCUGUGGAAUUCGUAAGCUCUUUAAAAUCUGUAACUUGUUGUCUAUUUUUUCAUUCUAAAUAAAACUUCAAUUUGCAUCUAA